UGUCCAUGAGGGGGGGAGGGGGUGGCGCGCGCGCCAUUUCUAGUCGUUUUCAAAGCGCCUCGCGCUGAUUCUCACGGGCCCGGCCGGCGGCCCCAGCUCUGCCCUGCAGCAUAAUAAAAUGGCUAAUCAGGUGAAUGGUAAUGCGGUACAGUUAAAAGAAGAGGAAGAACCAAUGGAUACUUCCAGUGUAACUCACACAGAACACUACAAGACACUGAUAGAGGCAGGCCUCCCACAGAAGGUGGCAGAAAGACUUGAUGAAAUAUUUCAGACAGGAUUGGUAGCUUAUGUCGAUCUUGAUGAAAGAGCAAUUGAUGCUCUCAGGGAAUUUAAUGAAGAAGGAGCUCUGUCUGUACUACAGCAGUUCAAGGAAAGUGACUUAUCACAUGUUCAGAACAAGAGUGCAUUUUUAUGUGGAGUUAUGAAGACCUACAGGCAAAGGGAGAAACAAGGGAGCAAGGUGCAAGAGUCCACAAAGGGGCCUGAUGAAGCAAAGAUCAAGGCAUUGCUUGAGAGGACUGGCUAUACUCUGGAUGUAACCACAGGACAGAGGAAGUAUGGUGGUCCUCCACCAGACAGUGUGUACUCUGGUGUACAACCCGGAAUUGGAACAGAAGUCUUUGUAGGUAAAAUACCAAGAGAUUUAUAUGAGGAUGAGUUGGUACCCCUUUUUGAAAAGGCUGGUCCCAUUUGGGAUCUACGUCUUAUGAUGGAUCCACUGUCUGGUCAGAACAGAGGGUAUGCAUUUAUCACCUUCUGUGGAAAGGAAGCUGCACAGGAGGCUGUUAAACUGUGUGACAGCUAUGAAAUUCGCCCUGGUAAACACCUUGGAGUGUGCAUUUCUGUGGCAAACAACAGGCUUUUUGUUGGAUCAAUUCCGAAGAAUAAGACCAAGGAAAACAUUCUGGAAGAAUUCAGUAAAGUCACAGGUUUAACAGAGGGUUUGGUGGACGUUAUUCUCUAUCAUCAACCCGAUGACAAAAAGAAGAAUCGGGGGUUCUGCUUCCUUGAAUAUGAGGAUCACAAGUCAGCAGCACAAGCCAGACGCCGGCUGAUGAGUGGAAAAGUAAAAGUAUGGGGAAAUGUAGUUACAGUUGAAUGGGCUGACCCUGUGGAAGAACCAGAUCCAGAAGUCAUGGCUAAGGUGAAAGUUUUAUUUGUGAGAAACUUGGCUACUACAGUGACAGAAGAAAUACUGGAAAAGUCAUUUUCUGAAUUUGGAAAACUUGAACGAGUGAAGAAGUUGAAAGAUUAUGCAUUUGUUCAUUUUGAAGACAGAGGAGCAGCUGUUAAGGCCAUGGAUGAAAUGAAUGGCAAGGAAAUAGAAGGGGAAGAAAUUGAAAUAGUCUUAGCCAAGCCACCAGACAAGAAAAGGAAAGAGCGCCAAGCUGCUAGACAGGCUUCCAGAAGCACUGCGUAUGAAGAUUAUUACUAUCACCCUCCUCCUCGUAUGCCACCUCCAAUUAGAGGUCGGGGUCGUGGUGGGGGGAGAGGUGGAUAUGGCUACCCUCCAGAUUACUAUGGCUAUGAAGAUUACUAUGAUGAUUACUAUGGUUAUGAUUAUCACGACUAUCGUGGAGGCUAUGAAGAUCCCUACUACGGCUAUGAUGAUGGCUAUGCAGUAAGAGGAAGAGGAGGAGGAAGGGGAGGGCGAGGUGCUCCACCACCACCAAGGGGGCGGGGAGCACCACCUCCAAGAGGUAGAGCUGGCUAUUCACAGAGGGGGGCACCUUUGGGACCACCAAGAGGCUCUAGGGGUGGCAGAGGGGGUCCUGCACAACAGCAGAGAGGCCGUGGUUCCCGUGGAUCUCGGGGCAAUCGUGGGGGCAAUGUAGGAGGCAAGAGAAAGGCAGAUGGGUACAACCAACCUGAUUCCAAGCGCCGUCAGACCAACAACCAACAGAACUGGGGUUCCCAACCCAUCGCUCAGCAGCCGCUUCAGCAAGGUGGUGACUAUUCUGGUAACUAUGGUUACAAUAAUGACAACCAGGAAUUUUAUCAGGAUACUUAUGGGCAACAGUGGAAAUAGACAAGUGAGGGCUUGAAAAUGAUAUUGGCAAGAUCCGAUUGGCUCUAGAUCUACAUUCUUCAAAAAAAAUUGGCUUAACUGUUUCAUCUUUUAAGUAGCAAUUUGCUGCCAUUUGUAUUGGGCUGAAGAAAUCACUAUUGUAUAUAUACUCAAGUCUUUUUAUUUUUUUUUUCCUCUUUUCAUAAAUGCUCUUGGACAUUA